AUGGCUACGACUUCAAUUCUCGCCCUUCUGGUGGCAUUGUCAGCCCUUGCGAUCUACUCCAAUGGUAUGCCGCAAUAUGGCCCAACAGGAUAUGGUCCAGGUUCUCCUCCUCCGGGAUUUAAUGGAGGGGAUCAUGGUUGGAACCACACUGAUAAAUGGUCUAACCACAACGUAACUCAUGAUGACGGAAAAUCUCAGUUGUAUUGGUGGGGAAUGCACAUGGGUGACUUUAACUCUCAACACACGAUAACUACUGAUGGAAAUUCUAGCCAUUAUCAGGAGCAUCAUUAUUGGAAAUAA